AUGGGCGCGUGCAUAGGAAAGCCGGAUGUCAUCCGAAACAGCGUGGUCGUCUCCGACAACGAGCGGGGCAAACCAGUCGCGUCCGCCGAGGUUUUGGUCGAACCGAAGCACGCCAAAGGCGACACAGUGUCAAGAAGCAAGUUCAUCAUUAGCCACCCUGGCGAUGUACAGGACAUGUAUACAUUGCAGGCGAAUAAGAUCGGUGAAGGCACCUAUGGCUCCGUCACCAUUGGCGUGCACAACAGUACGCACCAGCAGCGUGCGAUCAAGACCAUGUCAAAAGCCAAUAUUUAUCUUUGUUUCGGAGCUGGCCACCUGCAGCCGUUUCUUGGAAGCAUGGGCGGUGGGCACUCGCAAGAGCUGGAAGGUCCCGUGACACCGGUUCAGUUCAGCUUCGACGGGCUACCGCUAACGCAUGAUGGAUUUGGAGCGCUGCUGAAUCGGUGUUUGCAGGUAUCCCCUUCAGCCCCGACCGUUGUGGAAGGCGAUGACCUUCGCAGGCGUUGCGAUGCAGUGGGCCAGCUUUUGAGCGACGUGCAAGCCGACAUUCUCUUCAGUCUUUCUGAUUGGGGCGCUUUCUUCUCCAGCAAGAAGAAAGCUCACAGGGACGCGGUCGUUGGCCAGCUUUUCGCUUUCCUCACCGGUAUGCUUUGCUUUCAGUCUCCGGAGCGGCACACUGGCAGAAGGAUGGAUGACUGGUGCUGCCUCUUCGAGGCAAAAUACGGUGCUGCAGAGGUGGCACUCAGCAGAGGAAGCGGCUGCAUGCAAACUUUAGGCGAGCUGUCCACGAUCCUUUGCCGCACGGCGCAGUCUGAGAAGAUGGUGGGAGACAGGGUGAAGGACGCGACGAAAGCCUUGCUCCAAUUCUUAACCGAGCAGACAGAAAAAAUGGCAGAGAUACUUGUGGAUGACCUCGAAGAACACAGCCAAGCAAUUCGGAUGGCCAUGCAGAGGCGUUCAGAUCUGGUGGUUGCAGCAACUCUAUUGCAGGAGAGCGGCUGGUCGUUCACCUCGCAGAAAGUCAACGGUGUGUGCCGUGCGCCAUCUUUGCUCCGACUUAUAGGGUUUCCCGAUCCGACCUCUACCACGAAAGCAUCACCAGAGGAGCAGCAGAGGCUUCAGUCUGUGAUCGGGCAGAGCCCGGAUUUGUUCUGGCAAGUGCAUGGUACUCCUUCACAUGAUGACAUGGGCACUUGGGUAACGCACGAUGGUGUCCGCUACUGGUGCAAAGUGGAAUUGCCCGUCUCGGUCUACUACGUGGGGAAGCAUGUCGUCCGCUUCCAACAAGAGAUCCAGAUCAUGAAAACCAUGGACCAUCCAAACAUCAUCAAGCUCUACGAAACUUUCGAGGACCGGAAGCACAUCUACCUGGCCAUGGAGUUGUGUACAGGUGGCGAACUUUUCGAUCGCAUCAUCGAGGUGGGCCAGUUUACCGAGAAGGAUGCUGCGAUCGUAGUGCAGCAGAUGCUCUCGGCAGUCUUCUACAUGCAUACCCGCGGUGUAUGCCAUCGUGACCUCAAGCCAGAGAACUUCUUGUUCCUGUCCAAGGGUCCCAUCGAGAACACGCUGCUGAAGAUCAUCGAUUUCGGGCUAUCCAAGUGCUUUGACGCCAGCAUCCCCAUGGCCACCAAAGCAGGCACUCCUUACUACGUGGCACCCCAGGUCCUGCAGGGCAAGUACGACAACUCAUGCGAUCUUUGGAGCUGCGGAGUCAUCAUGUACACAAUGUUGUGCGGGUACCCGCCUUUCUACGGCAAGACUGAUCAGGAGGUCCUCAGCAAGGUGCGGAAAGGUAUUUAUCAGUUCGAGCCGAAGUAUUGGAGGCACAUCUCCGCGGAUGCCAAGAAGCUGAUUGGACUACUGCUCAAAUUCGAGCCGGAGUCGCGCUACACUGCUGAGGAGGCGCUGCAGGAUGUUUGGAUCAAAGAGCGAGCACCCAAAGCAGAGAACAUCUGCUUGCAGGAUCGUAUCAUGCACAACCUGAAGAGCUUCAGGUCCAAGAACAAGCUCAAGAAAGCGGCCUUGAACAUCAUCGCCUCCCAGAUGAGCGAAGCCGAGAUCGCAGACCUGCGGGAGAUAUUUAAAGCGCUCGACAUGAAUGGUGAUGGCUUCCUGACCACCACGGAGCUGAAGGAUGGCAUCACGAAGGCGCGCGCGAGGAGCCCGACGAUCGACUUGCAGGCGAUCAUGGAAGGUGUCGAUGCGGACGGCAGUGGUCUCAUCGACUACACCGAGUUCUUGGCUGCCACAUUGGACAGGAAGGUUUACCUCCAGAGGGAUGUUUGCUUCGCGGCCUUCUCGGUUUUCGACCGGGAUGGCGAUGGAUGCAUCACACUUGACGAGCUGAAGCAGAUCUUGGAGAAUGGCUCUGUGGAGGACGUUAUCGAUACGUGGACUUCGGAAGAGCUUCUCCAGGACGUAGACCGAAAUGGUGACGGCUCGAUCGAUUUCGAGGAGUUCAUGGAAAUGAUGCGGGGAGGGAGAUCUAUGUCUCUGUAUACGGAGGCCGAAACACCUAAGGGCGGUCGCUCGCCCGCCCUCCUUCGGUCGCGCAGCCGUGCGCUGCUGCUUUUGCAGGAUAGCUGCUGGAGAGAAGACGGACUGGACACUGGCGCUUGCACGCGCUGGGCUCCUUCAAAGAAGGGCCUCGUCGAAGCUCUGGGACGUCCUUCCUGCAAAGCCUGGAAAUCGUGGGCAGAUAGCUGGCACAGACCAGGCCUCAGAGCAGAGGUGCUUGAAAGCAGACUUUAUGAUAUUGUUCGAAGACAGUACUUUUUUUUGUUUUAA